CUUCGCCCGGCUCGACACCAUGCAGCAGACAUUCCUGCUCCGUGGCCUGACGCUGAGUCUGCUGGCGCUCAGCGCCGCCGGAUGCACCGAACAGGAGACGAAAGAAGAGGAAAAGCAAGGGCGUCUAGACGUUACACAGCAUGAAGGCCACGGCUGUGAUUGCAUGCGAUGGACGCCUUGGAUCAACGCUGACCAGGUUGACGCUAACAACGGCGACUUCGAGACGAUUGGCUACAACCUGGCUGUGGAGGGUGGCGACGCUGGUCGCGUGACCAAGAUACUGGCCCGCCUCGGCAUUGUCUGCAACACGCCCAUACAGGUGGAGUGUCGCAGCGCGCGCACAGGCGCCCCCUGGUUCCGCACCGGUGACGACACCGCCCCUCGCAGACGCCUCAACUGCGACAGCGAGGACGGCUUCAUCUGCCACGAUCGGGAGCAGGCGGACGGCCGCUGUCAGGACUAUGAGGUGCGACUGCUCUGCUGGACGGCAUGCAAGAACUUGCGGUGGUCGCAGUGGUUCGACAAGGACAACCCAAGCGGCAGCUGCGACUGCGAGCACCCCGGCUGGCACGACCACCCGGCCCGGCACGCACCUCCCUGCCCGACUGGUCAGACGCCGCUGGAGGUGGACUGCCAGACGCUGACAGAUGUGCAGGCGGCCGUCGGACCCGAUAAGGCGGUCCGCUGCAGCGUCAACGACGGCUUCACCUGCUGGAACGCCGACCAGGGCGGUGGUCAGUGCGCUGAUUACCGUGUCCGCUACCUGUGCGGCGACCCCAGUGCUUGAGGCGCGCGCUCUGCCACGGACUGUCACCGACCCGCCUCAUGGAGAAGACUGGCGCCGGAGCGUCCCGGAGCCACGAGCGUGCCUCCAGUCACGGACCCCGGUCACGUGCACCUCCGGAAUCAGUGCUGAUUCUCACUGUCCCCAGCUCUCUGCUACUUUCUCUUUCCGAUUUACGGGUUUUCGGUGCGAUUUUGAUCACGAGUGAUUGCCAGAUUCCGGGACCUCAGGAUCCUAGGAUCCCGAGGUGACUGAAAGAUAGUGUGCCUUGGCUUCCUGCACCUUUUGUUCUUCCGUCGCUAUCAUCGAAAUAACUGAUAACAUUUAAACCAUGUGCAGGUAGGUGGCUCUGAAGCUCUGCUCACGGUUCGUUUGCAUCGUAUGCAUUUUACCUGAAGUUUCGUUGCAUUUAUCGGCUUGUUUUAACUGUACAUCAUUUGUCUACUGAAUUUCUAUUAGCUGCAUCCUGCGGCCUUUGGAAUUAUUUGUGCAGUGCAUGACUCCUAGAACUCACCAGCCUUUAGGUUCACUUGUCAGUAAACCAUGCUGAGCAUCUUCAACAUUUUACUCCAAACGCUUGCUGUGUGACUCGCUCUAAUGCUUCUGGUGAAUGGGAUAAUACAUCUGAUAUU